AUGGCUCCUAUCAAGAGGACGCGAGUGGAUCUCCAUCCGCCAAACCAACCCCCCUCGUCCAGUGCUCCUCUGGGCUCGCAGCUUGGCCCGAGAAAAAAAGCACGCACCUCAGAAGUGCUAACCGUCCAUGAAGACAGCGAUGACGACUCCACCGAUUCCUCUUCGCCAAACCGCACUGACUCCGAACGAGAUGAAGACCAGGAGUCGAAACAGGAUCUUGACCUGGACCGCGUUGACGAUGGCAAUCUGGAUCUAUACAUCUGUGACGAAGAGGCCAUCGAGCAACGCGCCAGCCAAUACGUCAGGGAACAAUUUUCCAGAGAUAUGGAAAAUGUCCCCGCUGAGCAUGGCAUUAUUGAACGGGUGGAAUGCUACAAUUUCAUGUGCCACGAGCACUUUUCAGUUGACCUGGGUCCGCUGAUUAAUUUCAUCGUGGGCAAGAAUGGGAGUGGGAAGAGUGCUAUUCUCACGGCUAUUACGCUUUGCUUGGGUGGGAAGGCGUCUGUCACGAACCGGGGACAGAGUUUGAAGAGCUUUAUUAAAGAGGGGAAGGACUCAGCGACUAUUGUGGUUCGGAUUAAGAACAAGGGUGACAGUGCAUAUAACCCCAACGAAUUCGGAGACUCGAUCAUAGUCGAACGUCAUUUUUCGCGAACUGGAGCGAGCGGUUUCAAAAUCAAAAGUUCGAAUGGUAGAGUGGUGUCAACGAAGAAAUCCGAACUCGACUCAAUCACAGACUACUACGCCCUACAGAUCGAUAAUCCCAUGAAUGUCCUUUCUCAAGACAUGGCACGACAGUUUCUGAGCAACUCCAGUCCAUCAGAAAAGUACAAAUUUUUCCUCAAGGGAGUUCAACUUGAGCAGCUCGAUCAGGACUAUCGCCUUCUUGAAGAGUCGAUUGACCAGACCGAAGCGAAGUUGUCGAUUCAUCUUGACCAGAUCAAGGAGCUAGAAGUUGCUAGGAAUCAAACUAGAGCGAAACUUGCACUCUCAGAUAAGAAUGAGACUAUACGUGCCAGGGUCAGGAACUUACGAGCUCAGAUGGCGUGGGUGCAAGUUGAGGAACAGGAAAAGCAACGGCAUUCAUGUGAUGCCCAAAUAGAGCAAGCAACUCGAAAGAUCGCAAAUUUGGAAGCGGAGGUUGCGGAAGCCGACGAAGUCUUCCAAGAAGCGGAUCGUGAGCAUAACGCUAUACUUGAAGCUGUUAGAGAAGCAAAAUCUGAACUAAAAGCUCAAGAGGACCGUGGGAAGGCUGCAGAUGAGAGGCUUGAUGAGACCGUAAAAGAACGCCAUGAGCUCCAGGCACAACAACGCACGAUUCGUGAGUGUUUGAAGGCUGCUGAGUCAACCAUUAAAGACACACAAAGUAAAAUAGAUGAAGAAAAGCAGCGACUUGAGGAUUUGGAUGGUGGAAGUCACGCUAGGAGGAUUGCGGAACUUGAGCAGAAGAAGGCAGAAGCUGAAGAAGCCCGUGAUCGACACCAUGCUCAUGCGCGAGACUUGGAUCGCCUGCAAGAUGAACUCACCAGAGCGGAGCAAGAUCUACAAGGAAAACGUGAACCUCUUAACAAGCAGAGGUCAGAUGUAGAGCAAGCUGAAGGUCGGCUCCGUAGCUUCACGCGAGACAGAGGUCAGCAGCAGGGCGGUUUCCAUGAAAAGAUGCCCUUACUGCUGAGAGCGAUUGAACAAGAACAGUACAAGUUUUCAAGAAAACCCGUUGGACCCUUGGGGAAUCAUAUAAGGCUUCUGAAACCGAAAUGGUCGGGAGUCCUUGAAAGUUCAUUGGGGGGAACUUUGAGCGGGUUUGUAGUGACUAGCAAGACUGAUUCUAACAUUCUAUCGAACAUCAUGAAGCGCGUGGGUUGUGAAUGCCCCAUCUUUAUUGGAAAUGAUACGGGGCACAUGGACACGUCCCCUAAUGAGCCUGAUUUUCGUUUUGAUACUAUUUUACGGAUUUUGGAGAUCGACUGCGACUUGGUUCGGCGGCAGUUGGUUAUAAACCAUGGCAUUGAACAAGUUCUCCUCAUUGAGAACUUAGAAGAGGCUUCGACAGUACUCUUUGAUGGCGAAAAGCCGAGAAAUGUAAAGCGUUGUUUUUGUAUCGACCAAAGAGAUCGACGAAGGGGGAUCCAUUUGUCAUACAGCUGGACAGGGGAGCCCACUCAGUCUCCAGUCCAAGCAUAUGCAGGUCGACCUCGAAUGAAGACUGAUAUAGAGUCUCAGAUCAAGCUGCAGCAGGAAGCCGUGAAUAUGCUGAAGCAGGACCUCAAGGAACUUGAAACUCAACAACGACUUGCUCAGACCCAAGUUGAAAAAUGCAAACAAGCACUCGUCAGACAGAAAAGGCACGAGCAGCAGUUACGCCUUGAGUCUCAAAAAGCGGACGACCUGGUUGAGGAACUGCAAGAAGCAAUUGACAGUGAUAGCAUCGAGGAUGGCCGGCUAGAUGCCCUUAAGAGCUCACUCGAAGACGCUGAAGCAGAGAAACGCAUUAGCGAGAGCUCGUAUGAGGAGAGUGUCAACGCAAUGGACGCCUUGAUCAAGAAGUUCAAUGAUAAAAAGAAAGAAUGUGCGCUGAUCAAUCAGGACAUUGAUAAGUAUAAGACGAAGCUCCAGGAGCGCGUGGAAGAAGAAUUGAGCCUUGCGGAAAAGCGCAGGAAGGCACUCAGUGAUAAAAACAUUGCUAUUGAUGGUCUUGACCUUGCGAAGCAGGAUAAGAUACGGCUAGAAACGAAGCGGAAGGAACUUAGUGAUAUUAUUAUUGAUUGGAGUGCUAAAGCAGCCACGAUUUCCCCGCGUGUGACUGUUCCUGAAGGGGAGACGGCGAAUAGCCUUGAUAAGAAGCUUGUGAGGUUGAAGAAGGAUCUUGAACGAUUCGAUAACACUUUGGGAAACCGAGAAGAGAUUGCAACCGAGGCUGCUGAAGCAGAGGCAAAUUACGAGAGCGCAAGGCAGCAGGUUGGCGAGCUUAAAGAACUCACCCGGAGGUUCAAUAGCACAUUGAGGCACCGACGAAAACGCUGGGAAAACUUCCGAUCUCUCAUCACGGCCCGAGCUAAACUCCAAUUUACAUAUUUGCUGAGCGAGAGAAGUUUCCGUGGGCAAAUCCUCUCUGAUCACACCCAAAAGUUACUUGAUAUCCACGUCGAGCCAGACAUUACCAAGGAAAGUGCCAAGGGAAGAGGUGCCAGGACGCUCUCUGGUGGCGAGAAAUCGUUCUCGCAGAUAUGCCUCUUGCUGUCUCUGUGGGAAGCUAUGGGUUCACCGAUCCGCUGCUUGGAUGAGUUUGAUGUUUACAUGGAUCAUAUCAACCGUAAGAUGAGUAUUGAUAUGCUGAUGAUAGCGGCAAGGCGCUCUGUUGGGCGGCAGUUUAUAUUCAUCACACCGGGUGCACGACAUGAUAUCCGACCAGCGCCAGAUGUCAGAGUCAAAGAGUAA